AUGCCUGGAAAGGAUUACUACGACAUCCUCGGUGUUUCCAAGAGCGCCGAUGACGACGAAAUCAAAAAGGCAUACCGAAAACAAGCCCUGAAGUGGCACCCCGAUCGCAACCCCGACAAGAAGGAGCAGGCCGAAAAAAAGUUCAAGGAGCUGGCCGAGGCCUACGAGGUACUCUCGGACAAGAACAAGCGGACCAUCUAUGACCAGUUUGGCGAAGCCGGCCUGAAGGGUAGUGCCGGUGGUCCUAGUGGUCCGGGUGGUCCUGGCGGCGCCGGAGGAUUCCCGGGCGGCUUCCCAGGCGGCAGCUUCAACUUUGGCAACGGCGGCGGCGGCCACACCUUCACCUUCACCAACUUUGGAGGCGCCGGCGGUCCCGGUGGCUUCACUCCGAGUUCAGCCGAUGACAUUUUUGCCCAAUUCUUUGGCGGCCGCAACCCGUUUGCGUCCGCCGGCUUUGGUGGCGACGACUUUGACUUUGACGAAGAUACCCACCGAGCAUCUGGAUUCAGCCGAGGGUUCGGCGGCCGUAGCUCGCAUGCCUCGCAGCCUCAGUCGGUCAAGCGGUCACUGGCCGUCACCCUCGAAGACCUAUACACUGGCGCAACCAAGAAGCUCAAGGUCACGCGAAAGGUCCUGUCAUCGUCGAACCGGGAUCCUGAGAAGAUUCUGCAGAUUGACGUCAGGCCUGGCUGGAAGGCCGGCACCAAGAUCAAGUUCCCGGGCGAGGGCGACGAACUGCCCGAUGGCACCUUGCAGGACAUUGAGUUCGUCAUUGAAGAAAAGCCCCACGACCGAUUCAAGCGGGAGGGCGACAACCUCAAGAUCGACAUCGACGUCACCCUGACCGAGGCCCUGACUGGAUUCAAAAAGUCCAUCCGGACCCUCGAUGGCCGCAGCCUUGAGGUUGCCGGUGCCGAGGGCACCCGGGUGAUCAAGCCUGGCGAGCGCCAGAUCAUCCGAGGCGAGGGCAUGCCCAUCAGCAAGCUGCCGGGCAAGAAGGGCGACCUCAUCAUCGUCUUCAACGUCGUGUUCCCGUCGUCUCUGAGCGAUUCGCAAAAGGCGGCUCUCAGGAAAACCCUCGGAUGA